UUUGUUUAUGUUUUGGUUUCAAUAUUUUGCAUGAAAUCUUUUGCUGCUUAGCAAAUUUUUAAUUUUAAUCCUAAAAUCUUGUGAAAAGAUUGUUAAAACUAAGUAUAGUUACAUGUUUUAGUAAAGUGUUGUAAUAAGAAUUUCAACAAAAUCUAAAAUGACGCUUGAUUCUUACGACAAACUGCUUGGCACCGUCCUGCAAGAGUACAAAAUUCUUACAGAAUACAAGCGACUGCAAAGUGAAGAUCUCGGAGGAAUCUACGUUAUUCCGUCGCAUGAGAACAGCUUCGUUUGGUUCGGAGUGCUCUUUGUGCGGAGUGGUCCGUACAAAAACGGGGUGUUCAGAUUUACGCUUACGUUGCCGGAUAAAUUUCCCAACGAUUCGGCGGUGCCGACCGUCGUCUUCCAGAGCGAAACCUUCCACCCGCUGGUGUGCCCGUACAACGGCACGCUCGAACUGUCCGAGGCGUUCGCCAAGUGGAAAUCGGGCGAGAACCAUCUGUGGCAGGUGCUCAAGUUCAUCCAGUACGUGUUCGCCCACUUUGAGGAGUACAUGGCGGUGGCGGAACUGACGGCCAACAACGUGGCCCACGAACUCUUCCAGCAGAGCCGGGCGGACUUUUUGCAGCGGGUCGAGGAGUGCGUGCGGCAGAGUCAGGCCAAGGUGUACGACCCGGCACCGGUUCAGGACCGGAACUACAUUGUGUUCGAGCAGUUUGACGGGGCUGUGCAUGGGCCGGUGCUGGAAUCGAUGAAGCAGGGCCGGGUGAAUGAGGUCGGCACGACGCCACCCUCGUCGGGGCUUUCGUGGGUUAAGGAGGGCGUGUUUCAGCCGUUGAGCAAGCAGGGUUAAGUUGGGGUAUUUUUUGGGAUAAAGGUAGAACCCCGGUGGUUUGACAGUUUUUUUUACUUCAUUCUGAUGAAAAGAGGUCAAGUCAAUUUAUUGAUAAUAUUCUUAACUUUUUGGCCUAAUUUAUACUAGUUUGCUCAACAUCGAUCCAUUUUUAGUUGCGUCGGUUCGACACGCAUAAAUUACGCAAAUUUUGUAUGGGGUUGAAGAUAUCGGUGGAUGCUCUGAGAGGAUUUGUAGUGUUUGUGAGCGCAUUGUUAAAAAUUACCCUUUUCAGUUAAAAACUGUCAAACGACUGGGUUUCUUUCGGUAGAAUAAAACAACGAGUUAGUUAUUGUCGAAGGGAUGGCGUUAAAUAACCUUGAAUGUGCAAAUAUUUAUUACAAGCUAAACCUAAUGAAGUAAGUUUUUCUUUGUGGGAUGAGCAAAUGGCAAUAAUAUUCGUUUGUAAUUAAAUUCUAAUUUUGGUCACACAUGCGCCAUCUGGCGCCAGAGUAUCCUAA